AUGUUUACAAAAAUAUUUAAAAUUCAACACUCAACCGACUUUAAAAUUCCAACAAAACAAAAGAAUAUUUAUUCACAUCUCCCUAACAACCUCCUUGUGUUAGGUUUUCGAAGUGAAAUCUCAGAGGACCAUCAUGAAUUCAUUGUCCCAACAACCAUCUCCCCGAAAGGAAUUAAUGAAUGGUCCAACUCAUGCGUACAUUCAUCGAGCCAUUCAUGUUCAGGGACCACUUCUCCUCCUUCGACAAGCAAUGUGAAUAACCAAACCAGCCGAUAUAACAAUCAAAACCUCUCCACUCAAUAUUGUCAUUCUUCAUCUCCUAUUGGUGGCCGAGAAGAAACUUCUUCCUCGAACACCACCAAUAUGACCAUCUCUUUCCAGGCGAUGGAAGGCAGCUGCUCUUCCUGUACCACCGCGGUGGUUUCAACGCCAACGAGUAGUGCUUUGGAAAGUCACAAUGUUGGAAGUGACUCCAUACAUGUGAUUGAGGAAUUGACCAAAUUACUCAAAUUGGAAAAAGAAAGAAAUAGGCUCUUAAUUAUUGGAAAUUCAACUCCUUUCUCAACGACUUCAGGUCGCUCUUGUUUUAAACAUGAUUUUAAAGUUUCAUCUCGAAGUGGUGAUCAAACAGGUUCUUCCAAAGCCACGAUCAACAACAGCACCACCACCAGCACCACCACUACUACUUCUGCCAACAAGUCAAACAAUCACUCAUUAUUACCCAUGACAAGUAGUAGUACCUCCACAGCUCCCUCACCUGGCACUACUUCCUCCCUGUCAUCCACAAUUGGUACACAACAAUCUCUCCAUACACCUCUUCCACCUCCCAAACCCAUUCGAUUGGUGACCAAGAUGAAGCAGGCGUUAGCAUCGAAUCACUUGGGAGAGGAUCAAUUGUUGGAACAUGUUAGAGAGUUUGUGAGUUUGGAGAAGGAAUUUGCAUUGGUAUUGAAAUGUUUGAAUCGAUAUUUUCUUCCACUCAUUCAUGAAUGUUUCAGGAAGAGAGAGAUUUCGUGUUUUCCCAAUUUGUUGGCCUUGGAUCAUUUGUUAGUCAUUAUGAAAUUGAAUGCUCAAAUUUAUCAAGAAUUUGACAACUUUUUGAAUCAUCCUCACCAACAACAAGAAAACAAAUCUCUCAAUUUACAACAAAUGAAUGAGACUCCAACAACAUGUCAUUCAUCCUCAAACAACCCUUCCAAUAGUUUGUAUGAACAGUUUUUGAGUGUUCUGUCCAAUCAUGUUCACAAAUUGAGAAUUUUUAAAAAUUACGCUGAGCAUCUUCCUUCCUUGUUACAAAUCCUAAAGAAGGAAUUGAAGAGUAACGAAGAAUUUCAAGAAUAUGUGAGACGAAGUGAGAAGCACUUGUACUCACUCAAGGGUUCUCUGUGGCGAGUGGAUGCCUUUUUAAAUUUCCUUAGAGUAUAUUGA